UUUGGCGCACAAAUGAUUAUUAAAAAGACGCCAAGCAAGGUGUUAUAUUGUGCGAUUGUCGCAAAAAUGUCAACAGAGCUAUCCAAGCUCUGACCAAAGACACGCUGGACAUCUAAAUUACAGGUAUUGUUUCCUAAAUCAAAAUGGGUGUAUUAGUUGCUCUCGUGUUUGCUCUGUCCAUUCUCGCAUGCGUCAAAUGUCAAAGCAGCGGCGAUUCUUACGACGACCCUGAUGCUUUCGGUCCUGAUGACCUGGAUGAUGGAGUCCAGACCAAGUCUGGAAAGAUAAUUGGGAAAGUAACCCAAUUUUAUGGCGAGUUAACAAGAGCUUUCCUUGGAAUACCUUACGCCAAACCACCUGUGGGAGAUCUCCGCUUCAAGAGACCAGAGCCAAUCGAACCUAUGUCAGAUGAUCUGGUUGCUGAUACAAUGCCACCAGCCUGCGUCCAGCACUCAAGAACUGAUGUGCCAUGGUAUGAUUCAGAUCCAUUUCAGAGUGAGGAUUGCUUGUAUUUGAAUAUUUGGAUGCCAAGAGGCAAAUUCUUGAACAAGAAGUAUACAGUUAUGCUGUGGAUCUAUGGUGGAGGUUUUACAGUUGGAUCGAACAGACUUCCUGCAACUGAAGGGCAAGGAUUGUCGAAACUUGGAUCAACUAUUGUUGUUGCGCCCAACUACAGAGUAGGAGCGAUGGGAUUUCUCAGUUCUGGAACAGAAGAUGCGCCUGGAAAUAUGGGCAUUUAUGACAUUUUAAUGGCUGUCAAAUGGAUCAGAGAAAACAUAGAAGCUUUUAAUGGUGACCCGGACAACAUAGCUAUCUUUGGUCAGGGAUCCGGUGCCAUUACCGUCAGUAUGCUCCUAAUGUCUCCUCUGUCACAAGGUCUUUUCACCCGUGCCAUAAUCCAGAGUGGAUCCUUCCUCUCAAUCUUCCAGAAUCCGAACGAAUACAAUUUGAACCUGGGCCAAAGACUCGCUGAGGCUGUGGGUUGUGCAUCUGCAAAUCUAUCCCUCCGGAAUAAUCCGAAAGAGGUUGUCGGAUGUUUGAGAGAUGUAGAUGCAAAAACACUAGCUGAGACUCUCAGCAGUUUCCAACCUGGUCAUCCUACUUCCUUUUUCCCUCAAUACGGAGGCGACUUAAUGCCGAAGAAUCCUAAAGAAUACUUGAUGUCUGGUAAAUUCAAGAAAAUCCCUAUCCUAAUCGGUACCAACAAGAACGAAGGAUCCUAUCUUCUGACCACUCAGUAUCCAGAGCUCUUUGGUCCCACUGGUGACAGUGGUGUGCAGAUAACUAAAUCUUUUGGUGCCACUAUUCUCCGCAGAUGGUUCAGUCAGUUUAUGAAUCCUGAGGACAUCGUUGAACAGUAUCUGGGAGACCUGGAGGAAAUGGAUACUUACAAAGUCAGGAAACAGGUGUUCACUGCAAUGGGUGAUUUCAGCGUCACAUGCCCUACUGUGUACUUUGCAGAGACUUAUAGCAAUUUUAACAGUACUGUCAAGUUUUACGUAUACGAACACCGACCUUACCAGAGCCCAUGGGCUAAAUGGAUGGGAACCACUCAUUAUGAUGAAGUACCCAUAAUAUUCGCUAGACCUUUGGACGGAUAUACCUUCGAAACCUACCUAAAUGCACCCAGAGAUGACGAGCUGGAUGCUGGAUACGCAAUGUCCAAACUGUGGGGUGAUUUUGCCAGAGAAGGAAAAAUUCUGAAAACGUGGACCAACUAUUCGAAAUACCAUCACCAAUACGUGCACUUGAAGCCCCGAGUACUUUUAGAUGUUAUGCAUGGACCUGGGCCCCAUUUGGAUAACUGCAAUUUCCUUAGAAAAUACUUCGACAUGUAGUUUCCAUAUAGUUACUAUUUAGAAAAGUGUAGCUAGAAUGAAAUUUAGCAGUAGAUUUUUUGUAGACUGCUCUUGGAAAAGUUGUUACGUUAUGUUAGAUAUUGUCUCAUGAUUUGUACAAAUUUUGUGCAAUAAAGAUUUUGGAAACUAUUUCUUUUUCAAACAGAAAUACCGCGAAUCAAAGCAUCAAUUUGAUUUAUUUAAUACAUAUUUAUAUAUCAACAAUAUAUAAAAAUGAAAAAUUAUUAAGAUUAGGUAAGAAAUUCUGUUGAUUAAUUUAGCAAAUAAGAAUAUAUAAAAUAUUGAGCGAAUUUUUUAAUAUUAUGCAUGGACAAUAUAAUUUAAAUAGUAAUGAGACGUUUUUAUCUUGUAAAGAAAUAAUCGUUCUGAUUAUAAGUUUUAAUUUGUAAACAAGUGUUAUCAAUUUUAGUGAGUAUAAAUUAACAAAUCUAUUUGGGAAAGUUGAGAGAUCAAUUUUAAUAAAUUUUACAUUUUCUUAAGACGAGUGAGACGAAUGUGUCUUAAACAAAACAUCUACUGCAUUGUAUCUAUUUUAGUCCAUAUUUUUAAUUAAAAAAAAUGAAUAUUUUAUUUUGAAAGUAGUAAAAUCGAUAGUUAAAAAAAAUCUGGGCUUUCUUUAAAUAAGCAAUUAAACAAUUAGUCUUUUGAGUUUUGAAGCUUUACUAAAUAAAUUUUUCUGAAAUAAAAAAUGAUUAAACGCAUAAAAAAAUUGAAAUUUAGGAAAUUCUGCCAGAAAAAUGAUCGAUGAUAUAUUCUGAAGGAUCAAAAAUCAAUCUUUUUGUUACUUUAUGAUGUAAGAAUGUAUUGGGAAAAAAUUAGUAUAAUUACGAUGUAAGCAUACAUUAUUAAAAAAUUAGUCUACAAUCAAUAAAAGGAAAAAAUGAGACAAUUAGUUCUUAAAUUUUCGAAUCUGAUAAAGACAAAUUUUUAAAUAUCAAUUUAAUGAUGAUUAAAGAAUAUUUGCCCAAGAAUUUUUAAAAGUAAACAUAAAUUUAUAAACAUAAAAGAUCAUUACUUUAAUAAAAAGAAUAAGCUAACUAACAGCGAUUACUUCGGAAGCGUGAUGAAAUUAAAUAUUUUCAAGAUAUUGGAAAAUUCAAUUCCUUCUGUAAAAAGUAAAGCUCGAUGGAACUUUGUAAUCUAAAAAAAUUUUAAUAAAAUCAUUUUCAUCAAAAAAAUUUUGAAUCACACUAAUAUAUACAAGAACAAAGAAUGCAUAAGCUACACGAUUUUAAUCCUUUUUUUUUCUAAGAACAUUAUUCCUUUCAAAAGUAUCAAAAUACGUUCAUCAAAUUUUAGAACCAAUAGCCAUAAAUAUUAAAUGCAAAUCUGAUCAAUAGUUAAAUCAAGAAAUCUAACUCAGAGAAAUAUCUAAUUUAAUUAAUAUUCUGUGAGUAUGAUCUUUAUAGAGAAGUAGUUCUUAGAUUUGUUGAGUAGAUAUAGCUUAUUUAGUGCAAUUUUUCUGAUGAAUUCAAAUUAUGUUUCUGUAGAAUGAUAUUUUUGAACAUUUAGUAUGUUGUAAACAUGUAACCAAGAGAAACUGUAGAUUAAAGCCUAAAAAUAAAA